AUGGCGAGUGACUCUGAAAGCUCGGACUCGUCGAUGGAGGCACCGAAGCCGUCGGUGUUCUCCCGUGUUUUGGGUGCCAACUUUCGGUUGGAGGUGCUUUGUGGCCUCACAGUAGCCCUGGCUCUGGUUCCAGAAGCUGUGGCUUUUGCCCUUGCAGCAGGGCUACCUCCGGACAUUGGCCUCAACUCUGCCUGGAUCAUUGCUGUCUUCACUGCCAUCUUUGGGGGCCGGCCAGGCAUGAUCUGUGGCGCCACAGGUUCCCUAGCCGUGCUGGUCCCCGGCAUGGUUAGUCAAGAUCAUGGCAAGGAGCUCCUCUUCUAUGCUGUGAUCAUCAUGGGCAUCCUGGAGAUAAUUUUGGGCUUGCUGAGCGUCGGCACCCUUGUGAAGCUUAUCCCCGUCCCAGUGAUGAUCGGCUUUUGCAAUGGGCUUGCCCUAGUGAUCGGGCUUGCGCAAAUUAGCAAUUUCAAGGACCCAGCGAAGCUGCAUGCGCCGGAAGGCAGGCGGCUAGACGCCUUUCAUGCCUUCACAGAUGAUGUGCCUUUUAUACAGGGCAAGGUGGGGCUCUUUGCAGGGCUGAUAACCUUCCUGUCUUUCUGCGUGAGCAUGUUCCUUCCAAAGCUCUCCACCCGCGUGCCCUCGGCUUUGGUGGCCAUCAUUAUCGGCACGGCCUUCGAAUGGGCGAUCGCCCGCGCUGCCUUUCACACAGAGACGCCAAUCGUGGGCGACAUCGCUAGCAAAUGUGAUUUUCCAAUGCUUUUCUGGUUCAACAGUAACUACCCAUCACCACCGGCUUUCAACAAGGAACUAGUGCUGAAGGUCUUGCCCCUCUCUGUGACCAUGGCAGCCGUGGGGCUACUGGAGUCCUUGAUGACCCUGAACCUGAUCGAUGAGAUUACGAAGACCAAGGGGAACCCAACCCGGGAAUGCUUGGGACAGGGACUCGCCAACCUGAUUUGCGGCUGCUUUGGAGGUAUGGGCGGCUGCGCCAUGAUAGGCCAGUCCAUGAUCAAUAUCGGGUCCGGCGCACGGUCCCGAUUGAGCUCCCUGUCAGCCGGGGCAUUCUUGCUGAUCAUUGUCCUCAUUGCGUACCCAGCGAUCAAGCAGAUCCCCGUCUCCGCGCUUGUGGGCGUGAUGUUCAACGUUUGCUACCACACUUUUGAAUGGAGCUCUCUAAAGCUCAUCUUCCUUGCGGCCUUGCCUUUGAAAGCCCGAGAGCGGUUCUUUGGUAAAAAGACGAGUACUCAGCAAAUCAGGCGCAUGGACGCCCUAGUGAUUUUGGUGGUGACGCUAGUCACGUUAUUCACAGACCUGGCUACUGCUGUGGCUGUGGGCAUGGUCAUCUCGCUUUUUGUGUUUGCUCUGGAAACCUCGAACACAAUCCAAGUCGUCGCCAGAGAGGCUGAGCAGCGCGAGGGCGUCAAGGUCUACGAUGUCCAUGGCACGCUCUUCUUCGGUAGCACUUCGCACUUCCUGGAACUCUUCGACGAGGAGAAAGAUCCGGAAGACGUGCGCCUGGUUUUCGAGACUGGUCAUGUGGCAGACUUCUCAGCGGUCCAGGCAUUGAACAAACUUGGGGAGCGCUACGGCUCCUUGAAGAAGCGGCUCACCCUUCAGCAGCUCAUGCCCAAAACACAUCGCGUCCUCUCCCGCGCGCAAGGUCUUCUGGUGGAGGAGAUCACCUUGUCACUAGACGAAGAGCAGUCCUUGCCAAAGGAAGAGGCAGCCGUCCCUGCACACCUCCACAUUGAGCGGAUCCCUUCUGUGGACCACUCCCUCCUUGUAGAAAGAGAGCACUCCAAGCCGUCAGAGGCCGGAAGCCUCUGA